AUGCUGCGUCGUAGCUCGAAGACAUUUUUUACCAAUGCAGUGCGUGCAUGUGGUCUGCGUAAGGCAUCACUAGAUACCACCUCGUUUCAUCAACAUAUCGCGGGCUUCACGACGAUCUACGACCUCCAGACGCCGUACGAAGACAUUAAUCGUCAUCGCAGCGAUGCUGAGCUCCGGAUUGCCAAGGUGCCGAUUGUGGAGCUGGAAAGCAGUCUAGCUGUAUGUGAUGGUGGUGGUGGUGCUUUGGGUCAUCCAGCCGAGAAGGCUACCAUGGUGGCCACUAAAGUGUCAAAAGACUCCUGA